AUGAGAUGUAAAGGUGUUAAAACAGUAUAUGAUUGUGUAAAUGGAAUUCAACUGUUCAUUAAAUUUGAUUCUUUAACAGGUGUAAUUACUUCAAGACUCACUACAGACACUGCAACCAUGAGCACAGCUUUACAGAGCAACGUCAUUAACUUCCUUCGUCACUUAGUUAAACUGGUUACCGUUGUUUUCUUCAUGGUUCGGUUAUCAUGGCGAUUAUCGGUUGUGAUAUUUGCUUGUCUCCCAAUUACAGUCAUCGUCUCUACAAUUUAUGGAAAGUUUUACAUGCAUAUUUCAUACCAAGUACAAACUAGUCUGGCUGAUGCUAACAACGUCGCGGCAGAAGUUUUUUCAACUAUGCGAACAGUCCGAAGUUUUGCAAAUGAGGACGGCGAAAUAGAGAGAUAUGCAAAGCAGCUAGGUACAUCUUACAAAAUGUACAAGAAACAAGCAUUCGCUUACGCAUCAUAUAAUGCAUUUAAUAUACUCAUUGAUCUUGUGAUGAGAGUAGCAACUCUGGUUUAUGGGCGUUACAAUAUGGAGGAAGACGAACUAACGGGAGGAAUUUUUCUAGCAUUUGUUCUGUACCAACUUCAGUUGGGAAAGUCCUUAAACCGGCUUACUGAAGGCUACAGGUGCUUGCAUUCAAAUAGUUACAUCGAGCGCAAACCCAAGAUGAAGCAAAACGAAAGUCUACAGAGAGAACAUCUGGCUGGCACAAUAGAAUUUGACAAUGUGUCAUUUUCAUAUCCAUCUAGGCCUAAUGAACACGUUCUUAAUGGAAUCAGUUUUAAAGUGGAAUCUGGAGAGAUUGUGGCUUUAGUGGGUCCAAAUGGUUGCGGAAAGACAUCAUGUGUAAAUUUGCUGGAAUGUUUUUAUAAACCUUCAGGCGGGCGUGUUCUUCUGGACGGGUCACCUGUACAUUUGUAUGAACAUCAUUUUCUACACAAACAGGUAUCAUUGGUUGAACAAGAACCCAUACUAUAUGCCAGAUCAAUCGGAGAGAAUAUACGGUAUGGCCUAACAGACAACGAAUGUUCAACCGACAAAAUAAGAGAAAUCUCGAAAUUGACCAACUGUGACAGUUUCAUAUCACGUUUACACGACGGGUAUGAAACUUUGACUGGAGAGAAAGGAUUACAGUUAUCUGGGGGUCAGAAACAACGAGUGGCGAUUGCUAGAUCACUUGUACGGAAUCCAAAAGUGCUGAUUUUAGACGAAGCCACAAGUGCUCUGGAUGCUGAAUCUGAACAAGCCAUUCAAGAGUUAAUAUACAACAAGAACGUUUUUCGAACAGUUGUUAUUAUAGCACAUAAACUAGGCACUGUUGAGAAAGCGGACAGAAUUCUAGUUAUAGAUAAAUGCCGUGUGGUUGAAGAAGGGACGCACAAAGACUUAAUGAUACGGGCUGACGGAGUUAAUGCCGGACUUGUAAACUGUCAGUUUAACAAAAAGACAGAUGAAAAUGAAAUUGAUAUUACAAUAUUUUGA